AUGGCGACUCACUUCGAAGUCCGCGAGCACGCGUUACCCGAGCUGGUUGACACGGAGGAAGCGGAAAGGCUCGAUGCUGUCAGCACCGCUGUGCAGUGGGUCAAUGAGACCCUCACCCAGGAGCUUCAGGGCCUAGCACCCUCCAGCCAGGCUGAGGUGGACCAGGUGCUCAGGACGUUCUUUGAAAAUAAAGUGAAAGAAGAUAAGGAGAGAAAAGAACUGGAAAAGAGCCUAGAAGACUCAGCAGAGCCCACACCCUCACUUCUAAUACCAGCACCACCUCCUCCGCCUCCACCUCCAGCAAAAAAGAAAGGGCAAAAGCAAGGUAUGAAGGAUUCGCUUACAGAGAAACCUAUUCUACCUCCAGAGCCUGCUGAACCUGUCCUCUGUGGCAGCAUGGCCAUAGGGGCUGUGUCACUAGCUGCUGCCAAAACCAGCGCCGCACUGAGCGGUACUCCGCUGUACUUCAGUGUCGCACUCCUGAAGCGCCACCAGGAACCGCCAACCAAGCUAACUGUACCUCUGCUAAUGGUAUCUCUGGUCAGCUGUGGGAAGUCAUCGCCCGGGAAGCUGAAUUUAAUGAAAGAAGUGAUUUGCAUACCCCACCCUGGAUUAACGGCUAAACAAGGUGUGGAGAUGCUUCGGGAAAUUCAUAAACAAAUUAACAAAACAAUUGAAACGCCUCCUCCUCCAAAAGCAGAGCCAAAGAAAGGGCAUAAUGGAGGCAAAAGAGGUCAACAGCUGAUCACGGGCAAGAUGUCCCACCUGGGCUGUUUAACCAUUGCUUUUGACACCAUAGAGCAGCCUCUGCUUCUAAUACAAGGAAUCUGUGCGAACCUGGGCCUAGAAAUGGGAACGAACCUGCACCUGGCCAUCAACUGUGCUGCACAGGAGCUGAUGGACUAUAGUAAAGGGAAGUACGAAGUGGCGACGGGAACACACAAAAAUGCCGCGGAGAUGGUUGACCUAUACGUGGACCUGAUCAACAAGUUCCCUUCCAUUAUUGCCCUCAUCGAUCCUUUCAGGAAAGAGGACUCUGAACAGUGGGAUGGCCUCUAUAAUGCUCUUGGUUCCAGGUGUUACGUAAUUGCAGGAAGUGCCUCCAAAAGCAUUUCUAAACUUAUAGAGGAUGGAAACAUCAGCAACCCCAAGUCCAGUGGGCUGAUCAUAAAACACACGAAUCAAACUACAAUGUCGGACUUGGUGGAAAUAACCAAUCUCAUUGACAGUGAGUAA